CCCAAAAAAAUAGGUCUCGGAAAUUUGGGAGAAGAAAGAAGAGAGAAAUGGGGAAGCAACCAGUGAAGAUGAAGGCGGUGGUGUACGCGCUCUCUCCAUUCCAGCAGAAGGUCAUGCCGGGCCUCUGGAAGGACCUUCCGGCCAAGAUCCACCACAAAGUCUCCGAAAACUGGCUCUCCGCCACUCUCCUCCUCGCUCCCCUCAUCGCCGUCCGCCUGUAUGUGGAGGAUUACCAAGAGAAGGAGAAGCUGUCACACAGGUACUGAUAAAGAAAGCUUGCUUCAGUUUUCGUGCUGUUGUAGUUUGAAUGUUUGAUACUUCUGUCACAUUUCGAAAGUGUUUUGAGUUUAUUAUUGUUGUCGAAACCGAAAAAUGUAGUUCGUGUGAUUCGAACUGCUAAUAAAAUUUGAGACCUCAGCUUAUGUGUUA